UACCCCUGCAGAGCUGUCAUAUCCCCUCAGUGCCAAGCAGCAGUGGAUUUAAGGGUAAAAAGAUGGUACAAAACAGAAAAGAGAAAGGAAGAAGACUGUCUCGUUCAGUAGCAUGCCGACAGAGAAGAAGAUCAGCAGCGCAAGCGAUUGCAUCAAUUCAAUGGUCGAGGGUUCAGAACUCAAAAAGGUUCGCUCCAACUCCAGGAUUUACCAUAGGUAUUUUUUACUGGAUGCUGACAUGCAGAGCCUGAGGUGGGAACCAUCUAAGAAGGAUUCUGAGAAAGCCAAGAUUGAUAUUAAAUCCAUCAAGGAAGUGAGAACAGGAAAAAAUACAGACAUAUUCCGCAGCAAUGGCAUUUCUGACCAGAUAUCUGAAGAUUGUGCAUUUUCAGUCAUUUAUGGAGAGAAUUAUGAGUCACUUGAUUUGGUUGCCAACUCUGCAGAUGUUGCGAACAUCUGGGUUACGGGACUGCGGUACCUAAUUUCUUAUGGAAAACAUACCCUUGAUAUGUUAGAAAGUAGCCAAGACAACAUGAGGACUUCUUGGGUUUCACAAAUGUUUGGUGAAAUUGAUGUAGAUAACCUUGGACAUAUAACUCUGUGUAAUGCUGUGCAGUGUAUCAGAGACCUCAAUCCUGGUUUAAAAACUAGCAAAAUUGAGCUUAAGUUCAAAGAAUUACACAAAUCCAAGGACAAAGCUGGUACUGAAGUCACAAAGGAAGAAUUUGUUGAGGUUUUCCAUGAGCUUUGUACCAGACCUGAAAUUUAUUUCCUUUUAGUUCAGUUUUCAAGCAAUAAGGAAUUUCUUGAUACCAAGGACCUUAUGAUGUUUCUUGAGGCAGAGCAGGGUGUGGCACAUAUAAACGAGGAAAUCAGCCUUGAAAUUAUUAACAAAUAUGAGCCAUCCAAAGAAGGCCAGGAAAAGGGCUGGCUUUCCAUAGAUGGGUUCACUAAGUACCUUAUGUCCCCUGACUGUUAUAUAUUUGAUCCGGAACAUAAGAAGGUCUGUCAAGAUAUGAAGCAACCUUUGUCUCAUUACUUUAUAAACUCAUCUCAUAAUACAUACUUAAUAGAGGAUCAGUUCCGAGGUCCCUCUGACAUCACGGGAUACAUCCGAGCUCUUAAAAUGGGUUGCCGGAGUGUUGAAUUAGAUGUAUGGGAUGGGCCAGAUAAUGAACCUGUAAUUUACACGGGCCACACCAUGACCUCUCAGAUAGUCUUCCGCAGUGUCAUUGAUAUUAUUAACAAGUAUGCAUUCUUUGCUUCAGAGUAUCCUCUUAUCUUGUGUUUAGAAAAUCACUGUUCUAUUAAACAGCAAAAGGUAAUGGUUCAGCACAUGAAGAAAAUUUUAGGGGACAAGCUCUAUACAACAUCGCCCAAUGUGGAGGAAUCUUACCUACCAUCCCCAGAUGUCCUGAAAGGGAGGAUACUAAUUAAAGCAAAGAAGCUGUCCUCAAAUUGCUCUGGUGUAGAAGGGGAUGUUACUGAUGAAGAUGAAGGGGCAGAAAUGUCUCAGAGGAUGGGCAAAGAGAACGUCGAGCAGCCCAACAACGUGCCCUUGAAGCGAUUUCAGCUCUGUAAAGAACUGUCUGAACUGGUGAGCAUCUGUAAGUCCGUUCAGUUCAAAGAAUUUCAGGUAUCAUUUCAGGUUCAGAAGUACUGGGAAGUCUGUUCGUUUAACGAAGUGCUUGCCAGCAAAUACGCCAAUGAAAAUCCAGGGGACUUUGUAAAUUACAACAAACGUUUUCUCGCUAGGGUUUUCCCUAGCCCAAUGCGAAUCGACUCCAGUAACAUGAACCCUCAAGAUUUUUGGAAGUGUGGUUGUCAGAUUGUAGCCAUGAACUUUCAGACCCCAGGCCUGAUGAUGGACCUGAACAUUGGCUGGUUUCGGCAGAACGGAAACUGCGGCUACGUCCUUCGGCCAGCCAUCAUGAGGGAGGAGGUUUCUUUCUUCAGUGCCAACACGAAAGACUCCGUCCCAGGAGUCUCACCGCAGCUUCUUCACAUUAAAAUCAUCAGUGGGCAGAACUUUCCCAAACCCAAAGGGUCAGGUGCCAAAGGAGAUGUGGUGGAUCCUUACGUCUACGUGGAGAUUCACGGAAUCCCUGCUGACUGUGCGGAACAAAGGACAAAAACAGUGCACCAGAAUGGAGAUGCUCCCAUUUUUGAUGAAAGCUUCGAAUUUCAAAUCAACCUACCUGAACUGGCCAUGGUGCGCUUUGUAGUCCUAGAUGAUGACUACAUUGGGGACGAAUUCAUUGGCCAGUACACAAUUCCCUUUGAAUGUUUACAGACAGGCUACCGCCACGUGCCCCUGCAGUCAUUGACUGGAGAGGUCCUAGCGCACGCUUCUUUGUUCGUCCACGUGGCUAUUACUAACCGAAGAGGAGGAGGGAAACCUCAUAAAAGGGGCCUUUCUGUGAGAAAAGGGAAGAAAUCCAGGGAAUAUGCAUCUUUAAGAACACUGUGGAUUAAAACUGUGGAUGAGGUGUUCAAGAAUGCCCAGCCCCCGAUCCGGGAUGCCACGGAUCUGAGAGAGAACAUGCAGAAUGCCGUGGUGUCAUUCAAGGAGCUGUGUGGCCUCUCCUCUGUGGCCAAUCUCAUGCAGUGCAUGUUGGCGGUGUCUCCCCGCUUCCUGGGACCUGAUAACACGCCCCUGGUGGUCCUGAAUCUGAGCGAGCAGUAUCCCACGAUGGAGUUGCAGGGAAUUGUGCCUGAGGUUCUAAAGAAGAUUGUAACAACUUACGACAUGACUGGUAAAAAUUCCUCUGCAGUAGCCACACAUUUUAGCAGAUACGGAUUAGUUCCUACUAUUUCUAGCUUAGAAUUCAUGGUAGCAUGA